GGUUUGACCAAACUAGAAAAACAUGGAGUGAGUGUUCAAAUUCUUCUUGCUCUAUUGUAUUCCUACAUGAUGCUUAUUUCUGCAUGCAAGGUCCGGAACCCACCACUAGAGCAUCUUCUUCUUCUUCGCGAUCAUCAAGAAUUCAAAAAAAAAGAAUAGCUGCCGCGUCCGCGAUUUAUCCACACGCACGGAGGCAGGUGGAAACUUCUAGUACAAUAACAAGAUCAAGACGAGGAAGGACAUCAAGCUUAAGUAGGUGAACAGUCUCGUCCCUGAGUACUAUAACAUCAAGGAGCUUAAUGAGUAGAAGAUGAACAACCUUGUUCGCGAGUUGGACCUCGACGGAAACGGAGGUGGAUCGGGUGCCAUCCGAAGCACCUCCACUGCUUCCAAGGACUUUCAAAAUUUGGUCGAGCACACAAUCGAAGUUAUGCCAGUAGACUACUAUGUGUCGUGCACGUGCUCGUCUGUAAGUAAUACAAGUAGUACCACCACGAGUUUUCUAUAUUUGCGGAAUGCACUCUAGUAGAGUAGCCUCUCCCAUCAAUCCAUGUUCUUCCGCAUCCACAUUUAUUCAGCUAUAAUCUGCUUCGAGAUCUUCUCGUCAGACUCAACACGCGCACUUUAAGAUCACAUCUAUCUCGAAUACAAUGCCCCCAAAAGAAGUACUUGGUCCAUACCCUAGAAGAAAUGUGAAGAAGUACUAUAAUUCGCUCACCAAGUAAGAGGAGGGGGUCCCCGAGAGAUAUUGAGUCAACAAGAAUGAGGAGCAAACCAGCAUAGUGUUAGUAUUCAUCUUCUGCGCGUUAGCCAUCAUAAUGAUAGCACUAUAGUACUCAACAAGAAUGAGAAGAACUCCUCAUCUUCUCUAAAAACGCCUUUUGUCGACCGUCAGAAACAAGUGGAGCGCCAGAGGCAGUGAAGGAUGUGCACCAGAUUAAUUGCGAGGUUCGUCAGGAUUUCGAUGACGUUGCUCACCAGACCGCAGCAAAAGUUAUGGCUCCCGAAUCGUCCAUUUCGAGAUGGUACAUCCUGAAGAAGCCUACCCCAACGCCCCAUCUUCAGAAGCAUCGUGGUGGGAGGUGUCCGUUGUCUCAGAUAGUGACUGCACCUUGAAGAAGCUUUUCAAGAACAGGGAAAGACUUUCACCGGGAUUAGUUCUCAUCUUCAGAUAGAUAUAGAAGAACCGCUGUCCUGCUCUAAAAGCCCUCGCGAACUUGCGCAGUUACGCAAUCAGUUACGAUUGCUCGACCUCGAAUACAAAUGGGUUUUGGAUAAAGGUACUUAGUGAAAAACAAAGCUUAUUAAUGACGGAAAACGCCAUUAAAGCAUUACAUUAUCCGUCAGGAAUUUGCUCAUUCUUUGAUGCUAAAGCAAAUUGUAUGUUGCAUGUAUAUUUUUGGAGGUUCAUUUUUAUUAGCGCAUUUGUUAAGAUGGAUCAUUGAUGGAUGGCAUGCUUGGACUAGAAGUAAUGUUGUACUACUCAACGCCAUCAUCUAGUACUUCUAAUGUUAUUGUUAAACUUGUAUUCCAUUAAAUAAUUAUGUUCAUCUUGAUCACCUCGCAACAGAGCGCGAGCAGCAGCAAUUGGCUCGUACCGAACUUGCCGACUUGGCCUCACCCAGAGCAGCGUCAUCAAGAACUGAGAUCGAACCCUACCACCCUUCAUCCAGCAGCUCCUACAGCAAAUUUCCUGUUGUAUCUCUAUCCUUGACUUUGGCUUUGCCAUCUUCUCUUCCUCCUCUUCGAUUUGCUAUCCUUAGCUACUCUGCAGCACGAUUUCUCAUCCGAUUAGAUGCGACCCUUUUUACCUUAUCUACUCUACAUGUUAACUCUAAAACUCAUCAAUCACAACCAAUGUCAUUAACUUUCUCAGACAAGGCAACAACCUCACCCUCCUCACUCCAUUGUGUGCGUUUUCGAUUAGCGUAUCUAACUGCGAGGUAAGUGAAGUUAAAUGAGCUACAACCUAAACUGAUCGCCACUAUUUUCCACCACAGAAAUUGAAAUCUUCUUCUUCUACGCCACUUCUUCUACGAUCUUUCCUCUUCUACCCCACCGCCAGGACCCAAGUGGCAUGUCCGUGAGUGAAAAGAUCUCCUUUCUUCGUGGUGAAAUUGAGAGUACGACAGUCCAGCACAAGGUGUAUGCGCACAUGAAAACGAGGUUGGAGAAGGAAUUGCUGAUUCUCACGGAAAAAAACGGCAUACUGGAAAGACAUUUGCAGAGAAAAAAGAGAGAAUGGUACGGCCUAAAAAUAAAGAUAAUACAGGGAGAAUUGAAGAUGGAGCAUGGUACGCUACUAACUAAGUAACCAUUUUUAGUUGAUGUCAGCACUGGUACUAGCAUUAAUACUUCUUGUUAUUCUGCUGAAAACACCGUGCUGCAAAAUUCGUACAAGAGGCGAUACCCCGCCUUCGUGUACUCUCAAGACUUUAGUAGGUAGUCGUAGACUUUAUUCGUUUGCAGCAGCACCAGCAGCAAGAUCAUUUGCAGUGUCUUCUAAUUACCCGACAAAAGAAAAGAGGAGGUGCGAAAGGUGGAACAGUGUAGAGAAACAGAGGUAGUGGCCCUCUUUGAACGAACGAAAGCAGAUGCGCAGAAGGAGUUUACUCUGAAACAACAAGCGGCCCAAGCAAUGUUUAGGACAUUGCAGGAUAAGUUAUGGAUCUAUGCUCUAAAUAAAUGAACACUGUCUUUGUGACAUUCCAGUUUUUCGAAUCACGUCUUCUGCACGUGAAUGAAUCACUUGCAGCACUUCUAAGUACAUAGUAGUUCUUACAACGUUGAGUCAUAGUGUCAACUAGUAGUACUAAGUAAUAACUAGAAAAAUAUUAAGCAGAUUCAUUGAUUGAAGCGGCGCAUUAACAACUUGAGUUCGAACCUCUCUAACGGCUAAGAACACUUUGAAACGGCGUUUAGAUUUUCAACGAUGGCGGCGGGACCUUGCCUUAGAAGCGGGAAGUGAGAGCUUUCACUUUCGUGCCGGUCGUCUCCGGAAGCUGUGGGCAUUGGAAAAACUUCAAGGCAACUACCUACAGAAAGUCAUCUUCUCGCAAGUGGAGUUAUGAGCGAAUUUCUUAAGGUUAAGCGUAGAUCUGCCAGAUCUUGUAGAAGGUGGGUCAGACAUAUGUGAAGCCAUGCUAUCAAUAUUUAUAAUUCUUUUUGAUUCGUAUUCCGCUGUUAUCUUUUGCUGUUCGUUGUGUCGUGAGUGUAGUGUAUAGACAGGAGAUGCAACGAACAGAAAGUAUACGGGUAAUCAAAGCUCGAUUUACGAAAACAUUUUCACAGAUGAAACUCGGAGUACUAUGCCUAGUCUACUAGACGCCGCGACAACAUCCUGGUGGCUCUCUUCUUCUAACCUAUAAAAAGCAAGAAACAGAGGAAGGAUUUCUAUUAGACUUCUAAUUCCUAAGAGCCAAGAAACAGAGGAAGGCUUUCAGAAGAUCCGAGAGCUGACAGGAUUAACAGACGUGAUGGAGAUCGUGCACCGACUCUUAGAUCGGGACAUAGACCAAGUGCAACUGAAGUCUGCAGUACAUUAAGGCUUGCAGCCCUCUAGAAGACGAGGAUACAGAUAAAUAUGUUAAGUAAUUCAUACUGAGAAUAUGCAUACUGGAGCAUCUCUAAGUACCAGACGCCGAGACAAGAUUGGAACAUUUGCGUGAGGAGCACGCUAGGUUCAAAAACGACACUGAAGAUCUUACUAGUCGCGGAUUCUCUUCGAAAGAGGACGGAAUGGAGAUGGCAACGUAUAGGGAAGUAGGGCAACAAAGAAACCUAUACGAGGAGUUGAUUAAGAAAGGUACUCCAGCUUUUUAGUCUGAUGCAAGAAAGAUAGAAGUGAUAGAUCCCUGAGUGGUUGUAGAGAAAUUUUUUAGUGGAGAAAAAAACGAAGUGCAACGGGCAACUGAGAAUCUUCGUACCACAUUAAUUUAUUAUAGACAUGUAGAAUCUUAGGCAGAUCGCCGACUAGAUUCACAAUAUCAGUAGGACACGCAGCGGACUGUAGUCCUACUUACAACUGUUGCGAUAGACGUGUGACGGACUGUAGUUCUACUUCCAACUGUUGCGAUAUUCCAUGAACACCUCCUAUCUCUCUCGUCCUGUAACCUCGACAGAUACUGAGCUCCGUGGAUGGUUCAAGCGGCAUGCAGUUGCGCGAACGAAGCUGGCUGAAGUGCACAGGACAGUUGAACAUUUGAGAAGUUUCAUGUUUCGAAUAUGCAAGUCGUUGCCGUUGAAACUAACACUACCUGAUGGCACAGUGAAAAGCGUUUUCACGCAAAAUGACUUGGUAUAAUUUUCAUGUUAGUAAAUGUAGCUUCUAGUUUUCAGUUCUACUGACCACCCUGUUCACACAUGACUUGGUUUAAUGCAGAUAGACUAGACGAGCUAGAGAUUGAUAUCGGCACAAGAAAGUGAACAAAAAUAAAGUCGAGCUGAUACUUCAUGAAGCCCAUUGAACCCUCCUAACACCUUCUCUUCCUCCAACCAAUUCUCCAAUCAUUACCAAACUGCUCCAUCCUUGUAUACAGAUGAAUCCCUCCGAGCUAUUGAAGUGUUAUCGAGUGCUUAGUGGUGUCGUAGAGCAAUUUUUGCGCAGCGUGCUCGCAGACAACACUUCAAAGGAGCAAAAGUUUCAACGUAUCGCAUACGCAAAAGCUAAAGCAUACCACGAGCAGUUGAAACUUUUGAAUGACAAGGAGUUUCUCCGAUGCAACGUCCGCAGUACGAAUCAUGCUAUCAACACGAAUCAUGCAAUUGCACAGGACAGUUAAGGCCACUCAGUCACUAUCUGCGGUUGCACUUAGGUAGCCCCUCUACCUCGCGAAUAGGUACAUCAAUCAAUCAAUCAAUCAAUCUCCCUGGGUUCCCCUCAGAAGUCAAGGGGAAUCAAUCAAUGAAUCUGCCUGGGUUCCCCUCAGAAGUCAAGGGGAUUAUUUUAGGGGAGAAAAAGGGAACGAGCCAUCAAUCAAUCAUUUCAUGAUCGAUAGUAGUUUUUAGUGCAGAUUUACUAGUCGUGCUAAGACAGCAGAGACGAAGACAAUGAGUUCCUAGUACGAGAACGCGAAGUGCGUAAACGUGCAGGACGUCUUGCUGCGGAUCAACUGACUCGUGCAGCCCAUAAAGCAGGUGGAGGAGGCCAUAGUUGUAGUGUUGAUCCCCUUCUCCUGACGACACAAACGCCUAGGUCAAGAACAGGCGUGAAAAACAAGAUGCUUUCCAGUAGCACAGCUGGUCCAAGCCAUAGAACGCCAAAGCACCUAGUGGGAGCUGGGGACCAUGAUACGAGAGAAAAGUAUUUUGAACCAUUUUUAAGAUUAUACUUAGGUGGUAGUUCUUCUUAGAAGUAAUGGUUCUUACUUCAUCAUCCAUUGGAUGAGAUGAUGACGAAGGCCAACUUGUACAACUGGUAGUGCAAUAUCUUCUACUUGUGGACGAAUAUAUAAGUACACUCAAAGAUAAUUACAACUACAGCAGAAUUUUAUUUCAGACUUACUUUACAACUGCUCCACCCUACAGACCUUCGAAACGAAUAUCAUCAACAAAAAUAAGUCGAGACGUGGAAAAAUACCUACUGGGAGAGGGCUUGUAUGCAGCUUGGCGACCCGGUGGCUCAACAGCAGACGACAGUCUACAUUUGAGUGGGUUAUGGCGUACAUUUGAUUGAAGAUGUUACGAAUUAUCUACGAAUUAUCUCCUGUACAGUUUCGAUGGAUGGAUUUUUUUUGAUGCAAACAACUAAGCUAGAAAAAAGCAGCACGGCUCUUUUCGCUAAUUCCAACAGGCGGAGACAGUACUAGAGGAGGACACAUGGUUGGAGCAGGAAAUACCUCCAGUUCGGCAUACAACGUCCAACAUGGAGGAGCCCCUAGCGGUACGGAGACAACAGGCCUUGGCGCUUGGCUCAACCGGAACUUCACUAAAGGUAAAGAUGGCGCUAGAGAAGAGCAGCCUGCUUCUAGGACUGAGAAUAGCGUGAAUGUGCCGCCAGGCGCUCUUCAGCCAGCGGCAGCACCUUUGGCGAAUCCGUCACCGAACCUGAGACGACGGCAAAAUCGGAGAACCUGAGAAGACGGAAAAAUCGGAGAGCCUCAGAAGACGGCAAAAUCGGAGAGCCUAAGAGUCCGGCAGAUAAUUUUACGUGUCUGGCAGAGAAUAUUCGACCUGCUCUUCAUCUACUUGCAGUUUCUUCUGCAGGGCCAAUGGACUACUUCUAAACCUACAUACAUGCUGCAGCUAUCUUCGUCUCCGAAUGUUGAUACUUCCCAAUCCCAAGGACGAGUAAUAUUUAAUUCAUGUUGAUCUUUUUUAUGAUUUCAUUUGAGUUUGAAAAACUUCUGUGUAUAAGCCCCGAAGUAGCUAUGUCGCUAUAAUUGCCAUGUAAGUGUAUUGAUGAUAUAAUGAGGUCAAUAAUUUAUUGGUCCAGAGUUUCUGCAAUUUCUUUUGCAUAGAAUGAAGCGAAUAAGCGUCGCCGGUAAAUCUUAGCCAAGCCGAAAUUUUCAAAAACAAGUAAAAAUGACUUGUGUUCCUAGAACGUUUCGUCGGCGGAAAAACUUCAGUGGAGUCUACUAGGCGAAUAAUGGCGACAACGCGACGCAUCUACGCGCCCGCUGGAGUCAGGCCACUGCCUUCCACUUUGCUCGCGCUGUCCAACCGGGCUGAGGGUGUGCGCAAUCGCUAGAACUACAAAACAACGCGGGCGCCCCGCGGUAGGCUUGACUUUUGGGGGGUGCUGCCCAUCCCCCAACUCAUCGAACCUCCGCCGGCCUCGAUUGACACGCGCCGGGCCGCGUCUGUAGCGGCGCCCUUGUGCUGGACCGGUGCGCCGGCUCCCGUGCUGCCCCUGGCGCGGCGGUUCCAUUGUGUGGCGGCGGCGGGUGCGUAGACGGUGUCACGCGGCGUGGCGCACGCGCCUGGUCAUGGUAUGGGCCGGACGGGGUGGCCGUGCAGUGCUUCUUCGCGCCGGGGUGGAUACGUGGAUGCGCCGUGAGGCACGCAGACAGCCACAGGGUGCUGCCCCGCACCCCAGGCCUUGGGGCCGAUUUGCCUAAGCCGUGACCAGCAGGGGAGCGGCAAGUCUCAGGAAAAUCUCAGUUCUGAGACUGAAAAAAGUCUGGCGUUCGAGCUCGAACGCCAGGAUUUGAGAACCUUCGACGACGACCAUGGCCAAUUUCUGGGACUGUUCAAAAGUCUGGCGUUCGAGUGGAACCCCAGAGGUUUUUCCUGUCCAAACACUGACGCAGCAGGGGCCACUCGUUCGGUCUGUGGACAGGAAAACACCCUGGCGUUCGACUCGAACGCCAGACUUUUGCCUCCUCUCAGAAAUCUAAGGAGCCUAGCAUCGGGGGUUUUGAAGUCCUGGCGUUCGAGCUCGAACGCCAGACUUUUUGCAGGCGCGGGACUGAGAAUUCAACUGUCGGAGUUGAGGGGGUGCCUCCCUCGGGCUUGGAAGUUGGUGGCGCAGGCUCUGUUCUGUGUUUGUGCGGGAUGCAAUGGGCGGCCCAUUGUUGGGCCCAAGCUCUUCCAAGGUCGCUUUGCGUAGCACUCGGCCUCUCAUUGUCGUCCAGGGUUGGGGAGCUGAAUUUCUUUGCGGCGUAGCGCGCUUGUUUCUACUUGCUCGGGGAAUGGGAGUAGCUGCUGGAGGGGUACGCGCCGUCCUGACUGCUGGCCGUGUGCUCUGGGGUUCGGGGAUUAUGCUAAGGGCCACAUGCUGGGGGGGCUCUUUAUCGUGUGGCGCGCUGACGCUCACCGGGGCGGGGCGUCGGCAUCUUGAUCCCUCUGCAGCCUUGGCGUCUUGUUAGGGUGUGCAGCGCCGUCCAUGGGGUCCCUGCCAUGCCCCUUCGGGCCUUGUUGGUCUGGUUUCGGCUGGACGGUUCUAGUUUCCGAUGUUUGAAGGUAAAAGCUCCCCGGUUGAUAUGACUGAAGUUUUUCCGCCGAAAUUAGGUGCUACUCCACGAGUCAUGUCAUUUCGUCCGAAACCUAAAAGAGGUGCUCUCGUUUGCUUUCUGAAUCUCAAACAAUAACAAGUGAACGUGGAAAACGUACUAGGAUCUGAGGACCAUGUGUAUCUGCGGAUCUUCGGCUAACCCUGUCAAGACUAUGUCUCGUUUUGCUGCAUCAAAUUUUGCUAGACUGAGUUCUUUCACUUUCUCGUCGUGUUUGGAGUUAGUAACUCCAUCUUCUAUUGUUUCUCUUUCUGCAUUUCUGCGUAACAGGUGUGCACUAGAUAGAGCGAGCACAAAAUUACUACCAUCUUGAUGUAUUCUGCUGCUGAGUUCUUGCUCGUGUUGUUGUUCUGCAAGAUUAUACGAUAUAGAAAACAUCAUCACGCAUAA